AUGAGUAUACUAAUGAAAAGUUGUUUUAACUACGCUAUCAAGGAAAUAUUAUUUGUUGUUAGUUUGCUACUACUUGGUGGUAUAGAAGCCACAGUAAAUCCAAGAUUCUAUCCUCGAUACCAUUUGGCUCCCCCUUACGGAUGGAUGAACGAUCCCAACGGAUUCUGCGUUUACAAGAAUGAAUAUCAUCUAUUCUAUCAAUUCAAUCCCAACAGCAGUUUAGAACCUGGAAUAGCUAACUGGGGACAUGCUAAGAGCAAAGACUUAUUUCACUGGGAACAUCUCCCAAUAGCACUUUUUCCAGAUCAGUCAUACGAUGAUGUUGGAGCGUUCUCUGGGAGCGCUAUAGUUGAAGAUGGAAAUAUGUAUUUAUUCUAUACUGGCAACGGGAAAACGCAACAGACACAAGAACUUGCUUUAAGUAACGAUGGUUAUCAUAUAUUUAAAUACCAACAGAAUCCUAUAAUUAUUGGUGAGGCUCGUCAACCUAAUUUCAGAGAUCCGAAAGUGUGGAAGCACAAAGGAACAUAUUAUAUGGUGUUGGGAAAUUCUUUCGUAAAACACAAUAAAAGAUAUGGUCGUGUUCUUUUAUACAAGUCCAAGGAUAAAUAUAACUGGUGCGAAGUUGCAAUUCUUGCUGAAUCUGAUGGUUUUCUGGGUUAUAUGUAUGAAUGUCCAGACUUCUUUGAAAUUGAUGGAAAAUUUAUUCUCAUGUUUUCACCACAAGGCGUCGAACCACAAGGGGACUCGUACAAAAAUCUUUAUCAGACUGGUUAUAUAGUCGGCAAUUUUGAUUAUAGAACUAAAAAGUUCAAACCUAUUACUCCAUUUAUUGAAUUAGAUCAUGGUCAUGACUUUUAUGCUACACAAUCUAUUGAAGAUAAUGUUGGUCGCAGAAUUGUCAUUGCUUGGCUCGACAUGUGGGAAACUAACUAUGCAGAAGCAAAAGAUGGUUUCACAGGGCAAAUGACUAUACCCAGAACAUUGACACUUUCCAAAAACAACAGCCUCCUACAGAAACCAGUAUCAGAAAUUUCCACAAUAAGAGAUAAAACUUUGUACAAAGGCUCAAAUAAGACAAAAGUAAAAGUAGCAUUGAUUGAUAAAAUUGGUGAGAUACUCGUCACAGCAAAGCGAGGCACAAGUUUUGAUGUGGUCAUAAAAUCUAAUGAUUCGUCUGCUACAGCAACUCUCAGCUAUGAUAGCGCAUCUCAAUACGUAUCCUUGAAUCGUGGUGGUAAAGAUGGAGUACGACGUGCUAAAUGGAUACCAAAAGGAAAUAUAAAAUGGCAAAUAUUCGUCGAUGCUAGCUCUAUAGAAUUGUUCUGUGGUGACGGUGAGUUGACUUUCUCAAGUAGAUUUUUCCCAAAAACUGAUAUUUCUGUCAGCCUUAUAAGCACCACUCCUGUCAACAGCUUUAUAGUUAAUGCAUUGCAACGUAGUGUCCCUUAUGUAUGUGGUAUUUGA